UCAAAGACAUUUCUUGCCUUCUCUUAUUACGCGGAUAUAUACCACAUUACAAGAAGUAAAAUUAAGUUGGAGAGAGAAUUCAAUGUGCGAAGCUAAGAAGUACCGCUCUUACGAGGAUUUCCAGCCGUUGUUUGAUUGGAAACAGGAGGAUGGAUUUGAUACACUCGCCAUCAAUCUUCCUGGAUUCAAAAAAGAGCAACUAAUAGUGCAAUUUCUUAGCCAUGGGAAGAUAGAGAUCAGUGGGGAACGGCAGAUCGAUGGUAACAAAUGGAGCCGUUUCCAUAAGGAUUUCCACCUGCCUGAGAACUGUAACCAGAGCAAAAUCAUAGCGAAAUUCGAGAACGGAACUCUCAACGUGACCAUGCCGAGAACGGCCACACAAGUUUGCUCGUCCACAUUGGAAUGGUGUAAGCCCGGUGGAGGUGGUUUUUUCUUUGGUUUGGGUGUGGUGGUGGUUACUUUGGUUGGAGUGGCACUUGGGAUAUAUGUAGCAUGCACAUGUGUAGGGAGAUUUGGGAACUGA